AUGUGCAUCCAAGUCGUGGAGCGCUACGCAGUCUGUCGCUGCCUCUACCACAGACAUUCUAUCGACCCCUGCGCUGCCUAUGGCUCUAGAAGUCAUGGCAUUACUGAAAGAGUGGUCUUUGUCGGAUACAAAUGCCCAACGCAUUCGUCCGCGCAGAGACCAGCACCUCAACAACAAGUCAGAAGCUCGCUGGCCCGCAGUCCCAAGCCACCAAACACUCUCAACUACUUUUCGUAUCGGGGCUAG